GAGCCAGAGGCUCCCUUUGCGUUAGUCACUCCAGGACUUUCUCCUGCCUGGCAUGAGGGUGGGGAGGGGGUACCUCUGCUUCCUACUCUGUGAUGUGAGGCACAGGCAUGCUCAGUAGCCGGUGCCUACCCCUCCUAUCUCAGCAACAGUGCCUACACUACUAGGAGACCGCUUGCAGCAGGAGCAGAGCCGGAAAGCCAUCUUAGCUGGAGAGGGAGGCAGCAGACCCUGAGCCGCUCGGCGCCCGCUCCCCUGCACGCAUGUCUGCUCCAGCUCCUACCCAAGGUCCCACCGGUGCUGGGGCUGCAGGGCCACCUCCUGCAACCAAUGUGUCAAGCAACAAACGGCUGCAGCAGACACAAGCCCGGGUGGAUGAGGUGGUAGACAUCAUGAGAAUGAAUGUGGACAAGGUGCUAGAAAGAGACCAGAAGCUAUCAGAGCUUGACAACCGGGCAGAUGCACUGCAAGCAGGUGCCUCACAGUUUGAAACCAGUGCAGCCAAACUGAAGAGAAAAUACUGGUGGAAAAAUUGCAAGAUGAUGAUCAUCCUUGGUGUAGUAUGUGCAGUCAUUCUCAUUAUAAUUAUAAUUUAUUUCUCCACUUGAAAAAGCGAAGAAGGAAGACUUGGCACAACUUUGUUCAUAUCAACCAACGAUAUCAGUGUUCCUUUGUUGAACUCCGCUUUUUAAUUCCCGGUGUCUUGGGAUUUUUGCUUGUAAUAACCCAUAAGCAUUCAGUGUAGUGUGUUUUGGAAUUCUGUUGUUUCCACAAGAAACUGUACCAGCUAAAUACUGCCAAGUAGUUCCAUACACUGUCUUAUCACUGUGUCUUAAAAUGUGUACACACUGACCUUCAGAAACUGUAGUAUAUGAAAAGCAUCCUGAACAUCUCAGAAUCAGAGAAUGCAGCUAUGGGGAAGCUCCUGCUUAAAGGGACACUGUCAGGUGGAUUGGACACAAACCUAAAGUUGCAGCAAGCAUUAGGGCCAAAAUUCUCAAUCUGAGCACCUAAAGCUGGAUAGCAAAAUCCACUAUCAGAUGUAACUUUUCAGGGUAGUGAGUAUCUGCUAUUCUCAUUGAAGAGAGUGGUACCUACAAGUAUUCAUGUAAGACAUCUUAUUUCAGCUUAGCCAACCAAACACAGAAGUUUGUUGUGAUUGGUUGUAGUAUCCGAGUCUAAAAACAUUGCCUGUGGAAAAUAAAUAGGACUGGAUUAUCAUCUUUUAUGGAUUUAAAUUUUUCCUUAUGGGGUGUUCUGUGCCCUCAAUAUGAAAGCCAGAAAGAAAACUGUAUGACAGCCAAAAAAGCAUUAGCUAGCAGAGUCUUGAAAAAGCCCAGUGAAGUGCAACAAUGGUAAUACAAGCAUCAUAAAUGACCAAGAUACAGACUCUUACUAAAAACCCAAGGCACUGUUUGUCAGACUUUGCCCAUCCCUGAUAGUUAUGGCCCUAACUUAAAGCACAUGAACAACUUUGGUGAUGUCUGUGGCUUCUCAGCACAAUUGUAGGAAACCACCUCUGCAUCAUUUUCGCAGACAAGGUCCCUGCUAUGAGGGCCAUUCAAAAAUCAGGAAGAAAAAGGUAUGGGUAAAUAGAGGGAACAGUGGAAAGAGGCCAAGAAAGGGAAGGGUGCCUAGCAAAGCUGUCCUGGAGAAGAGGAAGGCAGAGAAACACUGUUCCAAAGUGGUGGUGUUAACAGGUUUUUUAAAAAUUUAAUUUGUGUGUGUGUGUAGUUCAGAAACUAGUGUCUUCUUUGUAAAGUGCUCAGCUGAGAUAUUUUUCAUACUCAACUAGUUCAAGCUAAGAUUUGAUGUAAUUAAGAGGAAUGAUAUAUUGUGGUUUGGGAGAAAGUUCUUGUAUGUUGUUGUUGUAGGAUUUCUCCCAAGUGUUGAAUUCCUUGUAUUUACCUUUUUAAACACCAAAUAGUUUAAUUAUAGUUAACCAAACUAAAAAUAAAUUAUCAAAUGUUGAGCCAGGAAA